AGCACUGAGGUGUGAAGCACAACAAAGUGAUUUAUUCUUUAUUAAAUGUGUUUGAAUUUUAUUAAGUUGUACAUCAAUUUUAUGUCUAUCGAGUGAAAUCUGGUAGAACAGCAUGUUUCGACUGCUAUUGGUUGUCACCAUCCUGUGCUUUGCGCAGUCGCAUUGCGCCGUGACGUCACAGCAUCCACGUCUGUUGCAGACAUUGGGGGAUGCUACAAUUGCGCUGCAAGCAGCACAGCAAAGCCUUGAAGAUGAGCUCAAGCACAGACCGUCGUUGUCGUCGUCGUCGUCAACUCUGACGUCCGUCAGCGUAGUUCAGGAUUGGAGUUUGGUGUGUAAAGAGCUCUGCGGAGCUGGCCUCGGCGUAACGCCAUGUGCGAAUUACUGCCAAAAGUCUGGCGGCGGAAUGGUGACGAUCCUGAACACUGUUUUCGAUUGGGCUAAAUGCGGGCAACUGACUGGAUCGCAAAAUGCUUCUGAGUGCAAGGGAGCUGAGCCUCUCAUCUCCUACGGCGAUCGACUUUGCUCGAGUUUCUGUUAUCAGCGCCGUCGCACAUUGAACGGUUGCAGUCCAUGUCAGUUGUUGAGUGUUUCGGAUGAGGAAAAGGAUGAGAAGGAGAAGGAGAAGGUCAGUGCAGUGCAGAAUGCGGCUUCACAUGGUUCCGGAGAUGGCGCAAGUUUGACGAUGACAGCAACAAUGCAGCUGGCAGUCAAACCCCAAGCUGAGAUUGCGGGAAGAGACGCUUCAGAGACGCCGGACUGGGACGAAGUGUGCAAGACGCUGUGCAAGACUGGCGAUGGCGGGUCUUUGUGCAACUGUGAUCUAUCGCCGUUUUUCACCUGAGCUUCACACCUGAGGCUCUCGUUGAAGGUGCAUAGAUCGCAACUAUAAAAAUAUUUCGUUGUCUUUUUGUUGUACACUCAAAAAUCUAACAAAAAAAAUGCAAAAAAAAAAAGGAAAUUUAAUUUGGUGUCGCACUCUGCGACAAAUUUCGAUUUGUGUUAAAAAUGCUAGUGUUGUCUUUAUAUUCACUGUUGUUAAUUGCGAAA